AUGAGUACGGGAGCAAAACAAGAUGCUGGAGCCGAAAUAGCAGUGGUAAAGGAGAAGACNGUUUUCGAUGUGAAGCUGGAGAAGUUUGAUACAACUGCAAAGGUCAAAGUGAUCAAAGANGUGAGAGCGUUCACGAACUUGGGUCUGAAAGAAGCGAAAGAGCUUGUGGAGAAAGCCCCGAUCGUGCUUAAACAAGGUUUGACNAAGGAAGAAGCUAACGAACUCAUAGCAAAGAUCAAAGCUGCUGGUGGAUCCGCAGUUAUGGAGUGA